AUGACCAUACAUAAUAAUAAAAAUAAUUUUAGUAAUAAUAAAGACACAAAUAAUUUAGAAUUUAAAAAUGUAGAAGAUGAUCAUGAUAUAUAUUAUGUAGAUAACAUGUCAAAAUCAUCAUUUCAUAGAGCUUUGGUGGUUUCUUGUGUUUACUUUGAUUUAAAAGUUGAAAACGAUAAAGUUCUGUUUUGCAAAUACAUUUACGAACCUAAAGACACUCAAAUUGUCUAUCAUGUUGGAAAAUCCAAGUUAUCUCUAAAAACAAUAGAAAAAAGAGCUUCAACCAUAAUAUCACAGUUUAAGUAUAAUAUUCUAACAAAUAACUGCCAUACUUUUUGUCGUAAAGUAGCAAAAGCUAUUGUAGAGGAUAAAAAGAGUUUCAAAAAAAAUGCUCCACCCCCUUGGGAUAUGACUAAGAGUUCUACAUUAAGUCGUCGUCCACUCACGAUGGAUUAUAAUGAAUUAAUACCUAAAGUUAAAGAAUUACAAAUUAAAUUGUUUAAUUCUAUAGAAAAUAUUCCUUUAGGGAUUUUUAUUUUCCAAGAUGGAGAUUUUGAAAAUGUUCAUAAAAUUAAAAAAACUAUCCCAGAAAAAAAAAAUAUAAAUCCAUCUUUUAAUGAUUUUUCAAAAAGUGUAAAUAAUAAUAACAAUAAAAACUUACCUAUAACAAACAGCAAGGAUCAAUCUAUAAAUAACUCCAAUGAUAUUAAUAGUAAACAAACUAUUAAUAAUAAUAAUAAUUCCAAUGAAAAUAAAAAUAAAAGCACCGUUAAUAGUACCCCAAAUAACAUUAUAAAUAAAAAUAAUAAUAAUAUCAACCCUCUUUUAUUUAAAAGUAAUAUGGAACCAAAUAAAAACAUUCCUGAUACAAGUUCCAAAAAUAGUAAUAAUCAAAUCUAUCCCAUUACAAAUAGUGUCCACCCCAAUAAUUUUACAAAUGACCCUAAUUCCACCAAUAAUGUUCCUCAUCCUUUAAGUAAUAGUAAUUAUCUUCCCAAUUCUAACAAUAAUACAAAUGGUUAUAAUUAUACAUAUGGUUAUUCUCCUAAUUAUGUAAAUUAUCAUAAUUUUCAAAAUAGGUAUCCUGUAAAUCCCUCAAAUAAUGAAAUAUAUAAUACUAAUCAAAAUAUCCCUGCCUAUAAUCAACCUAUUUAUAUGAACAAUGUUCAUAGUAGUAACACUAAUCCCAAUUUUUAUAAUAGUAACAAUUGCUAUACUCUCAGUAAUCAUAAUAAUAAUUAUAACAACAGUGGUCCAAAAACUCCAUAUUCCCCCAAUGACAAUUUAAAUCAUCCCCCAAUGGUCUCACAAUCUCAAUCAUAUAGUGGUUACCACUCUUCUAAUACCAAUACCAAUAAAGAAAUUAAAAACAAUAGUCCAAAAAAAUAUUGUUCUAAAUGUCAAAAUUUUUAUAAAUCAACAGGUUCCACUUCCCAUUCCCAAAUUUGUUCAGGAAAUAAAAAUGAAAAAAAUAAACCAAAUAAUUUUUAUAUCCCCAAAACCAACAAUGUACAUCCUCCACCCCCAAUAGCAAAUGAAAAUAUAAUGCAAUACUCAAUUACUGAAAACGCAAAUCCUUUAGCCUCUAGCUCUGGGGUUGUAACUACUACUACUACUACAGUAUUUUCAAGAUUGUUUUGA